AUCGCUCUCGAACAUUGGACUGCAGCGAUUAUUCAUUUUCAUAUCAAAAUGGCCGAAUAAAGUUGUAAAUUAAAGUGUUGUGUAUAUUGUGAAAAUGGCUUUAUCAAGUGAAAACCAAUCGAUUUCUAGACGUGCAGAUAUUGUAGAAUAUAUCAGAGUUAUUUUCAAGAACGGUAUCGUGCGAAAGAGAGAUUUUCCAAGAGAUUCCGAUCACAGAGAUAACAUUCAUCGUCAAGGACUAAUUUUUUUCGAUAAGUGGUUGCAAAGAAGAUCAAAAUUCCCUUGUAGAAGUUUCACUGUCGAUAUAAAUUGUCAAAGGGCUUUGAAUUUGUGCGUUUGAGUUUAUCGAAUAUCAAAAUUCGAAGUUUCACCAGAGUGAAAUACUAGGAAAAAUGAAUCUUCUAACGUGCAACAUGGUGAGGUCAAACUUUGCCUCUGGCUUGCCUUCCCAGAAUGUCUCUUCAAAAAUGCAGUUUCAUCAGUCUGCUGUCCCCUCCCUGAUGCUGAGUAACAAGUCACCCACCCAAUUUUCCAAUAAACAUUUCCAAAACCCAAAUAUUUUCAAUCAGAUAACCACGGAAAAGACUAUUCCUUUCAGUUACAAUCAUUCGAAUACUUCUGGAGGCCUGAUUGAAGAGAGAAGUCCAAUAAACUCUUGCGGUAUGAUUCCAGUCGAAAUAAAACAGGCAGAUUCUGACAGUAUGCUGAUUGAGGAAUCAGCUUUGAACUGUAUAAAAGAAGACAGUAUUAUACCAGAGACAGAAACAUCUACAGUAGUAUUAUCCGAGGAGAGAGUUGAAUCAAAUACCGAAGUAGCAGUACCUGACUCAGACGAAGACAUGUAUAGUUCAGAUUCAACCAGUUCAGACUCUGAUGACAGUUUUAUUGUAUUUGAAGCUGGGGAAGAGACGGAAGAUAUUUGUGAAAAACUACUAGAUGAGGAUGAUUCAUCGUCAGAUGAAGAUGAUGAUGAUUGGGACAGGGAAACUAUAGUUUUUUAUAAUUCUGGGCCUCCAAGUAGGGAAAGGCAAGUCUCAAUUGCGGAGUCAGAAGACAGCUAUAUACUAUUUGGCGAACGAGAUUCCGAAGAGAGUUCAGAUGAAGAAGAUAACAAAUCGGAUAACGGCAAAAAAGUUACUUUUGCUGAGGGGCCUGAGUUGUGCACAGUCCAUUUGAUGGUCAAGUGGUCUUUCGCUUACAGAAAAGCUAGAAAAGGACUGUGGGAACAAUUUGCCAGAGAUAACGAAAGAUUUAAGUACAGAGCCAAUAUUUUCGGAGCCACACUAGAUAAAUUCCUUCAGCCUGAACACCGACAGAAAAUUUACGAAGAAAGGUUCAAGAAUAGACAAGAAUAAUAAUCUGAAAAUAAGAGAGACCAACUAAGACUGCCACAGGGAAGAAUUAUCAGAAAAAACGUUCAAGAGAACUCAUCGGAAAAUUUGAUCAGUUAUUUUUCUACUUGAAAUAUUAUGAAAAUUUGAAAAUACAAUUGUUAUCUAUUGACUUGUUUGUAAUUUUCGAAGGCGAUCUGAAAGAAAAACAUUGCAUCAUAGAGAUUCGAUCUAUCCAAUUCAUCAAAGUUUGAUAUUGUAUCUACAACUUUUAAUUUGAGUUCUCAUAUCUGUAACUUAUAUUCGAGUCAUUUUACACAUGUGAGAGUAUUUGUUUCCAACUAUCUGUGAUUUUAUAAUGGUUCUGAUAAUUUUUACUUACAUCAAACGGAAACGCAAAUUGUUGAUUUCUAAAAUCAAAUUAAGGCUGUGGAAAUUACUAUUUAUGUUAUAACCGUAGUAAUUGAGCUUGCCUGUUCUUGUGAUAAGCUAUUUAAUUGUACUAAUUACCUUCUUAGUUCCUGUGAUAGCAUACAUAUUGAAUGUUUCAAUUUGUAUCCCAUCAGUGAUAAUAUUAUUAGUUGAAUUAGAGAAUUUAUUGGAUUUUCACAACUAGAUUCUCCUUCCUCAUGCCAAAAUUCAAUAUUUUUUUUAUUCAAAACUUUUAAUUCACUCCAUUCUUUGAAUUGUCAUAAGACAAAUCAUUUUAAGCCCCUGAAAUUUCGAUGGUGAGCUCAUAUUUUAUAUGCAACACAUCAACUACCUCUUUUUGAUAUCUUUAAAGCUAUUUCACAAAUUUAAUCCUUGUCAUUUCAUCCAAAUUAUCACGUGGUGAAGGUGAAAUUUUUUGUCUUAUUUAAAAUUAAUUAUAUCUUAUAGACUUGUUUAUAUUGUAUAGUAUAUGUACAUUGAGUAGUUAAUAAAGUAGGUUAAGGAAA